AUGAACACCACAAAUCCCCUAUCCCUCCUAACAUUCCUCCUCUUCCUCACACACACCCACGCCCUCACCACCGCCCGAGUCUGGACGCACUUCUACCCAUCCUGUCCCACCGACAACGACCCCAACAUGGCCGCCUACGAAACCGCCGAACUAUCACCCCCCGAAAUCGACAUCCACGCCGGAACCUGCCAGGGCAUCGCGACGCCAUCCAUCUACCGCAACGCAGUCAACCACGUCUCCAUCGACGCCGAGAUCUUCUGGGCCGAGCCCUUCGAUACCUGCAAUAUCACCGUCCACGAAGUGCCGGAGUGUAUUGAUCCGCCGCUUAUCGUGAAGGAAAUUAGGAACCGCGUCGCGGUUAGUGAGUGUGAGAGGAGGAAUUUUGCGGCGUAUUCGCAGGUGUGGGUGAAGUUGGAGUGUGGGGAGGUUGGAGUCGGACAGCAGCAGAAGCAGUAUUCGCAUCGGCCGUUGCUGAAUGCUGGGUUGGGGAGCAGUAAUGGGACUGCGAGGAAUGGGACUUUUGCUUUGCGGAAGUCGUGGAUGAAUCGAUUGGCUCGACUUCCCAUUGCUUGA